AUGCUUGCAAUUCGUCAAUUAUCCUCUCGUAUUUUUCAACGUUUAUACUUACCAACUUCUGUACGGUAUCAGUCGAGUACUACAACUACCGAUCUAACGUCAACGUCAUCCUCUGAUCUGGAACAGAAACCGGCUCAAGAUUACACACUGUGGGCAACAUCAGAAACUAAUCGAUUGAUUGACUACUUAUCCAUGCGAAUCAAGGCAGCCGGACCUAUAACUGUCGCUGAUUUUAUGUAUGAAGCAUUACUAAAUCCUAAAUAUGGUUAUAGCAAACGACAUGAAGUAUUCGGGAAAAAGGAUGAUUUAUUCGCAACACCCGAAAUUAGUCAAUUGUUUGCUGAAUCGUUAGUAAAAUGGAUUAUACAAGAGCAUUCCACAAUCGGUGGAAAUUUACUACAAUUGGUUGAAAUGGGAGGGGGACGAGGGACAAUGCUGAAGCGAAUCAUUUCCUUACUACAUGAGAACCGGUAUUCUCACCGGUUUACAUUCUUUGCUAUCUACGAAACCAAUCCGUUGAUGCGACGAAGACAAGCACAAACAUUACUCGGACGAACGUUCGAUCCAUUAAUUGCAAAUGAUUACCGAGUGAAAGAUGGAAAUUAUUCAUUAGUGUGGGUUGAUGAUUUCAAGCAAUUGCUUCCCAACGAUACUUAUUUUCUUGCUACAGACUUCUUCAAUGUUUAUCCCAUUCAUAAAUUUCAAAAAACUCCUCAAGGUUGGAAAGAAGUUCUGAUUGACUGGAAUCCAAUAUCCAAACGACUUCAAUAUGUUCUAUCGGUACAACCAACACCGAUGAUGAGACUCUACCAGAACUAUCUAAAUCAUAUCACUGAUCGGCAGCAUAUUGAAAUUAGUCCCAAGCGAGCAGCGAUGAUGCAAGCGAUGUGUAAACAUUUGACAACAUAUGGAGGUUCAGCUUUGGUAGGGGAUUAUGGUCAUUGGAAUGAAAAAAGUGAUACACUUCGCGCCUUCCGUAAAGAUGAAUUAGUCGACCCGCUCUCUGAUCCGGGUAAUGUUGAAAUAGUAGCAGAUGUGGAUUUCAAAGAAUUAUAUGAACGCGGAAUGCAAACACAGAACGUUCAAUUCUUUGGUCCAGUCUCGCAAGCAACUUUUCUACACUGUUUAGAUUUCAACAAACGAUUGAAUAAGAUUCUACAUAACAAAACACCCGACGAACAAGAAGAUAUUUUGAAUGACGCAGAAAGAUUAAUGAGUCCGGAAUAUAGCGAUGAUUCAUUAGUUGGCUAUGUUCGUAUGCAUAGUCAUUUAGAACUCGCUGGUCGAGCGGUUAUCACUCGAUCACCGAUACCACCUGUAGCUGUCAUUAGCGGAAAUGGAUCAGGUCAUGAACCAGCAAUGGUUGGUUAUGUUGGCCGUGGAAUGUUAUCUGCUUCUAUUUCUGGUUCAAUCUUUGCAUCACCACCGUCGUCGGAUAUCUUUCGAUUGAUUGUCGAUUUGAAACGUCGCGGAGCCAAACAAAUCCUGCUAAUUAUUCUUAACUACACAGGUGAUCGCCUUAAUUUCGGUUUAGCUAUGGAGCGCGCUCGCGAAUUAUCAAUCGACAUUGAUAUGUUAGUUGUCGCCGAUGAUGCGGCAAUGAGCAAUUCAAUUGGACCUCGUGGAUUAGCGGGAGCUUUGCUAGUUAUCAAAGUAGCAGGCGCCCUGGCUGAACAAGGCAAAAACAUGAGUGAAAUUGUUGACAUCUGUCAAAAAGUUCGAGGACACUUACGUACAAUUGGUCUAUCUGCAUCUGGCAUUCGAGCUCCAGGUCAACACCAAUCAUUUGAAUUGUUAGAUGAUGAAAUGGAACUUGGCAUGGGUAUUCACGGCGAAAGUGGUGUUCAAAAGUUAAAACUAGUACCCUGUCGCCAAGCAGUCGACUUAGCUUUAGGACAAUUAUUCAUCGGACCAGGUAUAUUGGAUCUCAAGCCUGACAAUAGUGUGUUACUCUUCGUGAACAAUCUAGGUGGCUGCUCAAAUCUUGAACUAGGUGUCAUUGUUAAGGACGCGAUUGAGAAUUUGGAGUGUCGAAAAUUACAUGUCAAGCGCGUUAUUUGUGGUGAAAUGAUGACGUCAUUUAACAUGAAAGGCUUUUCAUUGACUGUACUCAAACUUGCCUCGGACUCGAGCACAACGAUUUUGGAACUACUGGAUUCGCCAACUGAUGCAUUCUCAUGGCCGAAAACAAUAUCUCCAACACAAGCUUCAAAUAGCAUUCAAGCACUAUCAGAUUCGUUAGAAUUCAAUGAUCAGUUCAGUGCUCAACUUGUCAUCAAUGAAACAUAUGUGACAUUCGAUACAGCAGUAGCUGAAUUAGUAAAACAAGCUUUGCACGCCGUUGUUCGACAACUUCACAACGAUGCUGACCGGCUCAAUCGUUUAGAUGCUGUGUUAGGCGAUGGUGAUACAGGAACGACAUUUGCUCGCGCUGCUGACACCAUUGCACGUGAUCUCACUGUCGGUAAACUAACUCUUGAUCGACCCUCUUCACUCUUUCGUCGACUUGGUCUCAUUGCGGAAAGUCGUAUGGGUGGCACAUGCGGUGCAAUUUGCGGUCUAUUCUUUGCAGCAGCAGCUAAACAGCUGUCUCUAUCAAACCGUUCGACGAAAAUGAUCGAAAGUCUUAGUGAUGCGUUCGAAGCUGGCAUACAAUCCGUCGAAUCUUACGCACGUGUACAACCAGGUGAUAAAAGUUUGCUCGAUGCGCUUAUUCCCGUAGUAGAUUUUAUUAAAUCUAAACGUGCACAAAAUACUUUCACAAUACAAGACUGGAAAGAUUUAGCUGGGAUUGCUGAUCGUGCUGCUCAUAGCACCAAAAAUUUCGAGCCAAAAGUUGGACGAGCUUCGUACGUUAAAUCCGUUGAUACUCAUACGCCUGAUCCUGGUGCUUGUGCUGUUGCGUUUAUUCUUCAAGCAAUUAGCGAAGUGUUCAUUAAAGCACAUGCUCAUUGA